GGUGAAAUGAAGGCAAGGCAGCCUUGGACACAGGGUACCUCACACCAUUUGCUGGGCACAGGGUACCUCGGACCAUUGCUGUUUCCUCUGAGAGCCUUUAGAGCAGUGAGAACAAUGAAAUAAAAAUUCUGAACCGCAGCCACUGAGGCCAGAUGUGGGUGGGCAGCCAAGCAAGUGUGGAGGACUGGAGCUCACUAAGAAGACAUUCUUUAAGAUUGUCUUGAGACAGACCAAAAGUGUAUCCACUCGGAUGGACAAUUUAAAGCCCAUAUCAUGAACAUUUGGGUUUUAGAUGAAGGGAUCUGGGGCAGUAUGGGCAGGACUGGUAGGGAGUCUAAUCCUGCCACUGAAGCAUCACCCCAGGCAUGGGGCGAAGAUGAAAGAUGGACCUAAAUAUUAGGGGAAUUUUUUUCCUGUGCUUGCAAGACUCAGAGGAUCACAAAGUCAAACAUGAGGGGUUCCCGUAACCUCCAGGUUUUGUGAUUCAGUGAAGAAGAGUGAGAAGCUCCUGGGGCUUCUGGGGUCUGCUUCAGGCUCCUUUGAGAUAGACCUAGAAAGUUUACCUUGUCCCAAAGAAUCUGAGUACAGGUGAGGACUCUAGUCUGGAGAUCAGAGAGUCUGGGAAGGAAAGUAUAGUGAGGUUGGGAGCGUGCUUGGAGGAGAGCAAGCAAAAGUGGCCAGGCUGGUUUACAGAGUGCCAAUAAAGCCUCCAAAUAAGACUUGCACAGAUCUCAGGUUGUGACCAGUGGGUGCUUAGCCAAAAAUAGUGAUCUCAGUGGGUGUCUGCUCCUGAGUGAAUGACCCCCAUGGGGAGAAAAGAGGGCUUUCUGUCUGGCCAAAGGAUCCUAAGAGGAUCUUGGGUUUUGGCACCAGAUGUAGGUAAACAUUGCUUAUUUACCUUCUCAACAAAUAACAAAUUAAUUCAUUAAUGAUAUCAUGUCUCAUGGCAUUAAGAAAAAAUGUUAUAAAGGAUAAAAAGAUCAAAAUUGUUUUACUCAAAAAUAUUUGUAAUGUGAAGAUUAAAAUGAAUGUACGUUUACAGAAUGGGGGAAAAGCUAAAAGACUUUUCUAAGUUACAAAGGUUCGAGAAAGUUAUUUAAAUUAUAUAGAGCAUGAGAUUUAAAGAUAACACAUAUGGUUUUAAAGUUUCUAAGGUCUAAGUUAAAGAAAUUUCAAAAGCUGGCUAAAAUAUAUGUCUAGACAAAAUUUAUUUAAAACUAUCUAGUUAUUAACAUUAUUCAGUGGUUAAGAACACCAACGGGUAUAGCUAAUCUGUUUAAUAACCCUCCUUGGAGGUUGUUCUAACGUGGCCAGAGAGAUUAAAAGGGAGGCUAUUUCCUCCUCAUGUAUGAGGUCUGAGGAUUGUAGGCCAACUCGAGAAAUGUUCUGCAUCUGCAGGAAGUCACUGGUUCUCUUGUUCAGGGCCAUGGAGUCCCCGCACAGUGAAUUCUAACCAACACCCAGUGUGUCGACAUAAAAGAAGGAUCUCCUCAGUGCUUCAGUGGGCAGCCAAGCCAGGUUAAGCAAGGCCUUUGACUUAUCUUCACACAGAUGGACAAAAGUAAGAAGGAAGGCUUGAAGAGUCAGAGGUUCCUCACAGGCCCUGAAGAGUAGAUCCACAACUGGCCUUCACAGGACCAAAGAAACAUUAUUUUGGCCGUCUAUAUGAUCCUAACUGCCCAGCACAAAAGUGUAACUAAGAUUAAAGUAGUCAGUGUGUUUCUAUAACAGCUCAAGGGACUGCAAAUCCUAAGGUGUUACAGUUAGCUAUAUGAGAUGCUAUGUGGACAACUAUUUCUCACUAAUGAUUCUCUUCUUGAUUCAUACAUACAUACAUACAUACAUACAUACAUACAUACAUACAUACAUACAUCCCACAUAUAAAACAAGAUUUACCUUGGCUUGCUUCAGCCCUGCAGUGUCUGUCCAUAGCUGAGAUGCAGGCCUGUCUUAUUAAAUACUGAAGCCAAACCUAAAAGCUGUACUUAGGAAGUAGAACACGCAAUCUCUGUCUGGAAGAGUACUUACCACAGACAUGGUGUGUCUUUCUAAUGGUCCAUGUUCCAUAAUUAAAGGAGGAUGCCAGAUUUUCUGUUACUGAACUCACAAGUCUGGGAAAUUCUUCUUGAUGUCCAGGUGUUAUCCGUAGGACUUUAUUAGACAACCCCAUAAGAGAACCCAAUAGGGUUCUAUUUCUCUCUUACAUUUUCAACUGGAUGCUGACUGUAACUGACUUCUCUAACACACUUACCUUACCCUUCUACAGGGCUCUGGUACAUGGUCCGUCCAGGAGUACACAUACAUUUCACCUUACUAAUCGAAAGUCAAGUUAAUUAUGAUACUAAAAUUUUUUUCCUCAUUAACUUCAUCUCUUAAUGUUCCCCUCAAGGUUAUAAUAGAGGAGACCUGAUGGUCAAGUCUGAACUUAAUGCUUGCCAAUGAAAAAUGUCUCAAGUCUACCAAACCAACUUCAAUCCUGUAAUUAACAACCCUGACAGAAGUCAUCAGUCUUCCUAACACCCAUGGCAAGGCCUGCCACAGGGGCUUAAGAUGGUUUUCUUGUUCCAGGAAGGACAAAACUUCCAUAACUCUUAACUUUUCUCUCAGUAAGAAUUACACAAGUCCUGUCAAUCUCCCAUGUGUGUGUUACAGCUGCUGCCUCACUCGCACAACGCAUCCAAGGGAGCACACUGUCACUUCAUGGCUGUCUUAGGUUCUAGGUCUUUGCCGUCUGUUAAGUUUUAUUGUGGUCUCUUAGGUGGGCCCUCCUUGGAGUCACACUGACUACUGCCUUUUCUACACUGUCAGCUUGAAGCAGUUAAGAGAGAGAUAUGCUCCCCUAAACCUCUACAGGCUGUUCAAGUGCCCUCUGAGGAAGGGACUAAUGGGCCACCUAGCUCAUCCCUCUCCUUGUCACUCUAGACAUAUGUUUGAGACCCAGCACUGUAACACCUGGAUUUCCUGGUUCUUCAAAAUUGCAGAGGCCUGAAUAUCAUAACAAAAAAAAAAAAAAAAAAAAACCAGUGACUUUUGCUUAGCCCUGGGGGAAGGGCACUGCUUCUGUCAUAAUCAAUCAGGCCUGGUUCAGGAUGGGACAUCUAAGCUAAGGGAAUGUGCAAAAACAAAACAAAACAAAACAAAAGCUAGAGGAGCAACUCCAAGUCCAUCAGUCUUCCUGGAACUGCCUUGGUCUAUUCUCCCCUGGCUGCUACCCCAAUAACCCCUCUUACUAGCAAAGCUUUGACCCUAGUCUUUGGACCAUGUCUCUUUUGCCAUUUCUCCAACUUCUUACAGGAGUACAUGCAGUCCUUCAUUAACCAGUAGGUGACAGGUCUUCAUGACCAUCACUACCAAAGGAGUUACCAUCAUUCCUUAGCCUCCCCUACCCUGCACUACAUCCAAAGUUGAUGGGAAGUAGCCAGAGAUGACAACACUUUGCCCUAUUCCUUAUGACUUAAAGGCAGGAAUGACAGGGCUUAACAUCUGUGACGCCAUUUUGGCUCAGUCCAUUUGCCUAUGAAUUGCUUACCAGAUGGUGGUGGGUUUGAAUUCCCCCCAUAGAUACACCCCACCAGCAAGACGAAGCUAUCAUCCUUUGCAUUCCCGCUUCGGUACCAGUGUGCAUUAGACAGCAUGUUCCCACACCAUUAUGUAGCUGUGUUCUGUCCAUCCACAGCCAGUCAGGACCUGGCAAGCUAGCCUUAAGCUUGCCCCAUCCUGCUCCUGUGAAGCUCACUUCUGUAGCUGUCCCCCAGACUACAUUCUCUUUCCAGCCUAAGUGCAGCCUUGAUGAUUUAAUAAAAGUCUGCACAGCACAUAGUUUCAACCUCAGUUUUUUCUGUCACCCACCUGUUCAUUGUAUAUUAUUUUCUUCCACUUUAGAGGGGAUUUUUAGUACAAGUGUUAGAGAUAAUUGGUUACAGAGGUAUGUUUCUGUAUCUCUGGUCAUACUAGGAAGCAGCUUAUUAACUAUAGGGAUCUUAUGUCUUUUCUUCUCUUUUGUUUUCUUAUCUCCACUUCUGUCUGCCCUGACUGCUAGAAGAGACUGUUUUCUUAAGGGGAAAAGAGUGCUAUUAGCUCUUUUGAUCAAAUGAUUCUCUAUUGUGUUGAACUUUCUAAUAUACUCUGAGAUGUUUAGCAUCCGGGGAUGCUAACUUCCCAUACUAUUCUAGUCAAGUCAUUGUGCCAACUAAUUUCUAUAUAGUUAUUAUCGAGAAAAGCAUUGUUGGAGAGAUGAGCUUGGGUGUGUGCCUUUUAGGUAGGUAGCGGGUAGUGGUGAAUCAAAGUCAUGUAAGGAUGAAUGUUUAGCCUUGCCAGACCUCAUGCAGUUAGGGCUUCUGGGAGGAGCAGGAAGAGCACUCUUGGCCUAUUGUAGUUCAAGGCUGUGUCUACACUGACUGUAGUUGGUUGGUCCGUGUUUUACCUCUUGGUAAUUAACUUGGCUCAGCAUUUCUCUCUGAGAUUCCCCUGGGUCCUUCUGUUCUUGUUCGUCUUCUUGUGUUUAUGAGUUGAACGGAUGACUGAUGUAGACCAAUCCCUAAAGAGGAAGAGGAGUGUUAUGGUUGUAUAGGAACUCAUUAGUCCUGCAGGGACUACUGUCCCUGCUGGUCCAAACUCUCCUUCCUGGCAAUUUUAGGGAUGCUGUUGGUCUCUCUUGGUCUAAAGGGCUGCGGCUCUGAAUGGAAGGCUUCAGUAAGGAUGACAGUCCUGCAGCUGUCCUUGACAGAAGCUGUGCAGUAGGCUGACUGAACGGGAGACCCGUCUCUGGUUUAUAGACCCUGAGUUCUCCACUCCUUGCUAGAAUUAUAAACAGAAUUUGGAGUUUUGGGUGUAAUGAAGAGUCAGAAGAUUAUUCAGAAGGAGGAAGUCUACAUCCUCAGCAGCGAUUGUGCAGAGAUGUGACGCUGUCCUUUCUCUGGGAGUCUGGGUGUCUCACGGUGCAGAGUGUUGGGGCAAUUACUGGAGUGGGUGAUUGGGAAAUGAGAGCUGUGGUUUACGUACAGAUAUGUGUUUCUUCUCUCUUUUGCAUCUGUCACAUGUGACUCUUUCAGCUAACCACGUGUCCCCCAGGUAUAAUAGCUAGGUGGCUGUCUAAAUGUUGAAAGACGUUUUGACAUCUUUGACAAGUGUUGCUCAACAGCUGGGUGGGUAAGAUUCCAGCUCUGAUAAACGAAGAAUAACUUGCCUCUUUACUCUAAAAAUAAAUCACACACAAGCACUGUUCUGUGGGGAACGGCUAGCUCAACUGAAACGGGCUUAAUUUUUUUGUACGGUGCGCUUUGUCAAGCCCUGACCCUGGAGCAUUCCUUUCUUUGGUACCAGUGAUUGAGUGGCUUUGUGAGGGAAUACAUUCCACUAUCGCAGAAGGCUCAGUCUUUCUUUAUGAUUCUCCAUCUGGGCAAGGAUGGUCUCAGCUCCAUUUGGACUCACGCAGCUGGGAGUGAAGUGAUCUGGGGCCGUACAAAUGACCCAUCGUUCCAUUGAAUCCUUUAAGACUCUUAACACUUCUCUUCAAGCAUCCAGAUCAUGGGACAGAGGGUCUGUAUUUUCUUAAAGGGACACAGCUUAUGUUGAAAGAGGAGCCAAAGAAAGUGAAUUCAGCAGGGCUUCUCUGAGUGCUGGCUGGGUUAAGAAUGUCAUUAGUUCUCAAAGGGUGACUGGGAUCAGUUUUCUCACUCAGCUGCUGACUGCCAAGGUGAAAGAACAGAUCUCAAUUAUCUGCUCCAGUUUCUCUUCCAACUCUGGGAAGGUCUCUGUCCAAUUUAUUGAGAUAAAAAUAAUGUAAAAUGGAAAUAUAUAGAAUUCUUAUGGAAAAGACACGUGUGUGUGUGUGUGUGUGUGUGUGUGCGCGCGCGUGCGUGUGUGUGUGUGUGUGUGUGUGUGUGUGUGUGUGUGUGUGUUUAGGUACUAAUUAUUACCAGAAGAUUAAAGUCUAUUUAAGAUUUAAGGACUCACUAAUCUUGCAACAUAAACUAAAAAUAAAGUAACAGAAAUGUGCAAGUCCCGCUAUUUUUAUAGCAAAAAUAAAGCAGUUACAUGAGCUCUCAUAGACUCAGAAAUUAGUUUGCAACCCCCUUGGGUCACAGAUGCUGUAGCCACAGUGACGACAGCUGCUCUCUACGGGGUGUAAAGAGAUUCUGAGACAUGAAAUGAGUGUCCAAGCUCCUCAUUCUCUGACUCCAUCCCUGCCAUAAAUGUUACGAGGCUCCCAGGAGUUUAAAUGUCCCAGGGAACAUGGAUUUGGGGUGUAGAUGCUUCUUCAAGCAUCAUAUAUGAGACCCCCCCAGCCUAGAGGAACCCACCCCAUCCUUUGAGGUUGAGAUGCUAGACUCAGCUCGGCAUUUUUCUUUGAGUCUACCACUGGGUCUUAGCCUUUGCCUUUCAAAGAAGUGAAGCUUGGCUGCUGUGUUGGCCUAAGACCCAUCCCUGCUAACACACCCAUUUGAGCGCCUCUUGAAGACCAAGAAGCCGGCUGACAGCCAUGGGUAUGUUUCCUCUGGAUAUGGUGACUGCCCCUUUGCCAUUGGAAAGAACCUGAUGGGGUGUUCUGAAACAUUCACUCAUUGGUAUUAUGUUAGUAUAGCAUUUGCUGACUGUUUAAUGAUACUGUGUCAUUUAGACACUCUCCACUCAGAAAGUGGGGUUUUUCUCCAGAGAUCCCAUAUUAAUAUAGCCCUGAAGUUAAAAAACGAUGGUUUGUUCUAGGAAAAUUUUAUACAACACAUUUCAAUCUUAUUCAUCCUAUUACCCCCCUAACUGCUCCCAGAUCUACUCACUCCUUCUUACCCCUCAAUUCUAACUUCAUUCCUUCUUUUAUUUCUGUUACUAACCCACUGAGUCCAGUUUGUCCUGCCCAUACACUCGUGGUUGUGAGGCUGUCUACUAGUGCAUGGUUGACCUACACAGGGGCCACACCAUUAAAGAAAACGGAUUCUUCCUCUCCCAGAAGCCAUCAACUGUCCAUAGCUCCUCAGUUAGGGGUAGAGGCUAUGGGCCCUUCCCCACCCCAUGCUGGAAUGCUGAUAGCCUGAUCUUGUACUGGUCUUGUGCAGGCAUCCACAGAUGCUCUGAGUCUGUGUGUCAUGGUCCUUUCAUGGCCAGAGGAUGCCGUUCUGCUCCUGUCCUCAACUGCUGGCUCUUACAAUCUUCCUGGUCCCUCUUCUUAUGUGCUUUGGAAUGAUGCAAAUUUAUUUGUGAGUCACAUUUUAUUUUCUCUUCCUCUAGCGUUUCUUCUCUUGCUUCUUUACCUCUGCCUUCUGACUAUCUCCAGUUUAAAAAAAAAUCUAAGAAAAAAUUUAAGCAAAAAUAAGAGAAAACUCUUGUUCCCCAGUUGUGUGGUUUCAGCCGACUGGACAGUGGUUCCUGAACAGUGACUAGGCACGGAGGCUCUGCAGACACCCAGUGCCCUCUGAUGAUCUCUUCCUAGUUUUUCUCCGCACAAACUCAUCCUUGGACCACACAGCUGGUCCUUGAUCCUAUUCUCCCCUCCGUACAGUGAUGUGUAAACCUGUGAUGUGUCCUGUGUUUAUCAGAUUGUAGAAAUGUGAGUUUGGGCAGAAGGUUUACUGUCUCCUGGCCUUCUUAGGUUGGGAACACCAAUGCUUAACCUUGCAGAACGUUUGUUGGGAACACCAAUGCUUAACCUUGCAGAACAUUUGCGAUCGUGGAAGCUGUGGUUGUUUCCUUCCUGUCUAGCACGGUGGUCCGGGUAUGUGCUUGCUGGUGGAGUUACCGAGAGUCACAGUUGCAGAAGGGCUGACAUCAAUCACCACCCAUGAUUAGCCAUGCUACCUACUAUGCUCACAGUGUCCCUAAGCACAUCCUCCUGUGAGAGGGCUCCAGACCCCAACCCUGUCAGUAAGCUGCUCGUGCGUGCUUUGACUUUUCCCUGUGAGUUUGAAAACUUUGCUCAUGGACUCUCCCAGUGUCUUUGUCUGUCUGCCCACAUUGGAAACUGGCAAUUCCAUGGCUCCCCUGUAUUCUUAACAGCCAAAUGUCUGUUUCCUUUCGUGUACGAUGAGAGUUAUCAUGAAGACUAACUGUUGGGCUAGCAGCUGUCAUUGCCCAAAAAAAUGUCUCUGGAGUUUUUAAUGAUAAAAGCUGUGUUCUAACAGCUUCCAGUACACCAGUUAAAGAGAUAAGAAAUAGUGAAAAACAGAGAAAGUUCAGUGUUUCCACUUCAGGAAGGGGAAGACAAGAUGGAGUCCAGGAACCCCCAAGUCCCACUUCUAGGUUAAGGACACAGGUUUGAGUGUGAUAGAGGACAAGAGGUGUGUAUAAUUAAGCAGUCCUGGUCAGGGCGUGCUUCUUCUCAUCUGUGACCACCGUGGUCCAGCUCAGGUCUGUUCUGUGAGGUAUCGGGAUGAGCUAUUCAGUUGGCAGCCAAGAGUGGCUAAGGGUGCACCCUCCUUGGUAAUUUUUGCCAUUUGGGUGUGGGGGUUGUUUGUCCUUCAAGGUUUUUCACCUUUUGGAGUCUGAAGUGAGUCAGGACGAAAGGCGAAGGACAAGGAUUUAUCUCUGUGCCUUUUUUUCCAAGAGUACAGGCACACAAUGAAGGCAGGGGUUCCAGGUUCUAUUCUGCCCCGUAGCUGCCUCACGGGCCCAAGUGAAGAGUCUGUGCUUCAUGGCCAAGGCAGCUAAGUGUCUGUAGGAGAAAUACUUCUUUAAAACGAUGCUUUCCAGGACCCGAAUGUAGGGCUUUUUAUUCUAAACACCACUGUAUAAAAUGCAACCUGACAUUAACAGCGUUGCUCGGGUAAGCCCUCGGAGUCUAUUCAGAGCUGACGCUGCCUCAUAUUGAUUCUCGAUUGUAACACAUUUAGCAUGAAUGUACCUGCCAGCAAUGUCGAACAAUGCAGUGCCGGCCGGGCUGGCAGCUCUGCCCUUGUCCCACUGCCCAGCCGACAGCACUUCAGGGUCUCUUUUGUUCUUUCCGUUUAAAAUGUUGCUCUCUGCCUCGCCCUCCCACGGUACAACCUCAUGUGAGACCUGCAGAUUUGAGUUUCACGAAAGCUACUUCCUCUGCCCCGUUUACUUGUCACCGCUUUUUCUCUUAUCUUUUUUAUUACCCCCAAGUACCAAAUAUUUUCCUUCUCUCACUCUAGGCAGUAACAGCUAACCGUGUGUGAUGUUUUCCCAGUUUGGUCUUUGUUCUUCAUUAUUAAGAUGGGCUGGCACUUUCAUACCUGUGAUGGUUCUUACUGAAUGAACCAUCUCUUCUUGCCCACCAGUGAGAGAGAAGAUGUCUUUACGACUGAAUUCUGCAUCCUUUGACCUUUUGUGCAUAUGGCUAAUUGAACCCUCCUGGCUACUCAUUUAUGUGUGUAUGGUGUGGUGUAUGAGUGUGGUGUAUGCGGGCUGUGUUAACCCUAUCUGCUAACCCUGGGAAGAGCCUGGAAUCCCACGAGUCCACACCAGUUGGCUGGCUGUCCACAGGGUGGACUGGUCAGUGUUCUGUGUGGUAUGUUCUCACAGAUUGUGGGUUAGGCUUGUAACAAUUAAGGUCACACAGCUGCUUGGAUUCUCCACAACACUGGUAAAGUCAUUUUUAUGAAUGUUCUAGUCCCUUUCCUGAUAAUUGAACACGUCUUAUUUUUCCUUAGGUGACUCACUUUCUUUGAGUGACAGGAACAAGAAUUAAUUCUUAUAUAUUCUUAGCAAUAAUUUUGUCCCUAUAAAGCAAGCAAAAUAGGCAGUGAUCUGUAAAUGGUUCCCUCUAAUUAGGCCCAAGCCUUCAUAGAAUUCAAGAGGAAUAGCUGUCCUUACAUGCACAAGCAUGUAAACACAGCCUGGGGAUAUUCUGUUGGCCAUAGUGCUAAGGACAUUGUCCUAGGAAUUUUACUUUUUAAUCUUCCCAUCCUUGUUUUCUUCAGGUCUGUGUCUGGCACAGUGUAAGGCUCGGGGGAUUCAUGGUAGCCAUCAAAUGGUGGGGAUAGAGAGCAGAGAGAUAAUGGAAUCUGAUUAGAGUGUAAAGCACUGACAGCCUCAGAGACCCACACCGUGGAGCUGCCUGUGGGUGCAGGAAGGUUUUUAUGUGAUGUUUAAGUGGAUGAUUACCAGCCCAGAGGAAGAAGUGACUUGUCUAAGGUCGGUCAGACGCUCGUGCACACGUUUCCAUCCUGCCCUGAGGUACCGUGGAUACUUUGACAUCUUGGGUUUCAUUCUGGCCUUUGGGCUGGCUGUUUCAUGAACAGUUUGUGCUUGAUCAUCGACUGUGCUAAAACCUAAUCCCUGGCUUGAUGAUGUUCAGAGAAAGGGCCCUGGACAUGUCAUUUAUGAGAGUGGCGCCCUCAUAAUUACUGCCCUCAUGACCAAAGGCUGGAAUGCCCCCUUUUUACCAUUUAGGACACAGCAAUAUGGAAACAGCCUGCCACCUAGAAGAGGUCUCUCAUCAGAACUUGACCGUGUUGACACUCUAGUCUAGUUUCCCUUGUGUUGCUGUGAAAAAGUAUUCUGACCAAAAUAACGUAGAUGACAAUAGGAGUUACUUGGCUUAUAGUUCAGGUCACAGUUGUUCUUCAAGGGAAAUCAUAGUGGGAACCUAGGUAUGAAUCGAGAAAUAGGAGAAACAUUGCUUACUUUGUUAUUCAUCAUCACAUGCCUAGCUAGCUUUUUUAUGUAACUCAGGACCAUCUGCCUAGGGGCUGUGCUGCCCACAGUGGGCUGGACCCUUUUACUUCAAGUAACAAUCAAUAUAAUGUCUUCUACACAUCCACAGGCCAAUCUGGUCUGGGAAACCCCUUAACCUCAGUUAACUUCCUUCUUGGGUAGCUCUAGGCUGUGAUAGUUAAAGCUGACUUCAGCCUCUAGAAGUCACCCUGUCUAAAGGACUUGGUUUUAGCACCCCAGCAGGAUGAGAACAAAGGCUUCUGCUUUGAGGAUAAGAAACAUCUUGAGUGUUUUCCUUCCAUGCUGCUCAUAAAGCAGGUUUAAUGUCUUGGUCCCUCUCCUCCUAGAGUAGUUAUAGAAUCCGGUUUAUCAGUUCUUAUAAACCGGACGGUUUGUCCUUUAUAAGCCUACAUCCCUGUAUCUACCUCCCCUGAUUACCCACGUCACUAGGGUUUUAUUUUAAACCCUAUUCUACUGCGUAAUAACAUUGAAGAUCUGGGGUCUCUAGAAAUCAAGAGUGGCCAGAGGUUAAGUGCUGAGCAAAAAAGAGGUUUAGCAGUUUUAAGUUACUGAGUAAACGUUGAGGCUCUCUGAAACAAGCCUGGAAGUUUGCCGCUCGGCAGUGCAAGGGACAGUUCUGUCACUGUCUCCUAAUUCUACAGACCUCUGCAUUCGUGUGGGUUUAACCAGACAAAGACCGAAGCAAGAACUGUUUACCCGUCACUCACACAUCAUGAAUGGGUACAGGGGUGAGGUGAAGUGGAUGGACAGGGUGUUAGGAGGAUUGGCCCAACCUGUGAUGGGUGUCGCGUAUUAUCUUGCACACAGCAGAGUUUCUCAUCCCUGUGCAGAGAAACAUGGCAGGUAUGAAAAAGGCAGUUUGUUCAAGAUCACAUACGAUGAUGUCUUCAUCCCCAUUGCUGUUAACAUCAUUAAUCUGGCUAAUGAGUUUCCGAGCUGUGAGACGUUGUCUGCUAGGAGUUCUACAUUUAAGGGUAUUUCCUGGUUAGAUAUGUUUUUGUAAGAUUCUUAAGUAAGAUUCUGAUCAUAGAGGAACUAUCAGACAGUAUCAAAGACUUUUAAAAGUUUGGACCGAUGAAAUCCUUCUACAUGUCACGGAAAUCAAACUAUGAAAGAAAAGUUUCUGAUUUACAUUAUAAUAAUAAUUAAAACCUUAGGGAUGGGGAUGGCUCAGUGGGUAAUAAUGUUCGAGGUACAGACUUGAGGAACCAUGAAAUCAGAACCAGAACUCAAGUAAAUAGAAAAGAAAUGUGGGUAUACUUAACACGUGCCUAUGACCUCAUCGUCAUGUGUACACACAGGGUGAUGGCUGGCUGUGACCUCAUCUUCAUUUGUAUGUGCAGGUGAUGGUUGGAGUCUUGUUGGCCAAUAGCCUCACUGGCUCCAGAUUUCAUGAGAGCCCCUGUCUCUAGGGAAUAAAGCAGAGAGCACGACAGUAGGAUGCUUGAUGUCCUACUCUGGCCUCUGUAUAUAUACAUAGGUACACACACACACACACACACACACACACACACACACACACACACACACAUUGUACUCAUACACCACUCAUACAUAUACUACAACCACACAGAAACACAUGGAUAAAAAUGCUUUCUUAGGAUAGUAUCACCGUAAACAGCAAUGGGAGAGAUUAUGGUAUUUAGAGUAUGUUCAUUAAUAUUUGUCAUAUGCAGGUACAGGUGACUGUGUUGGCAGUGGUUAUAAAUUUUAUCACCAUGAGCGCUGGUGACAGUGGGUAUCCAGACACUGUACGAUUGUGGUUGUUAUGCAUUGCUAUGGCUGGGCGACAGUUUGACAAAUACAUAAAAUUAUUAAUGUGCGUGCACGCGGACUCAGCAGUUCAGCUGCUUGUGUUUGUCCAGGGAAGGCAGUCAUGUGGCUCUGAAGAGGCCAACAGAGAUACUCACUCAAGACUUGUUUUGAUGAGAACGGUCUAGAUAUGACCUAAAUAUCCAUUAAUGGAAGGCUUGCUAAACACUGAGAAAUGACCGCAGUGGGAAGACAGCCAUGGCAUCUUAUUAAGACAGAGCAAUUCUGAUAAUAGAACAAACGAUGUGAACCUGUUAGUGUGAAGGUGUGUGUGAGUGUGUGUGUGUGUGUGUGUGUGUGUGUGUGUGAGAGAGAGAGAGAGAGAGAGAGAGAGAGAGAGACAGACAAACAGACAGACAGACAGAGAGAGGAUAUGCAAAAGUUUAUGUCUUUUUCAUGUGAGUUUUGUUUUUGUUUUUGUGUGGUUUGAAUCUUUAAAUAAUGAACGUGUUUAAUUCAGCAGAUAAAGGUGCCCACCACCAAGCCUGUUAUCUGAGCAGGACCCACAUGGGAGAAAGAGAGACCCUCUGACUUCUACUCAUACAGCAUGGAAAACACACACACACACACACACACACACACACACACACACACACACACUACAAAUGUACCAUGCACACCCACCCUUAUCCCCCACCCAUACCUAUAUAAUUUAAGGAAAAUCCCGUAACAGUAUUUAGCAUGCGGAUCCCUGAUAACCCAAGCAUUUGCGGUGUCAUAUAUGUUUUAAAUCUUACUUUUAUUUACACGGGUAGACUGCACAUACUACUGAGCUGUAGUGUAAUACUCAUUGUCAGUUUGGUAGAUUUAGAACCACCCAGGAGGCACACCUCUGGGCUUGUUUCUAGAAGGGACUGACUGAGGAAGUAGGGCUUCUUCAGUGUAGGCUGCACAGUCUCAUGGGAUGAGCUUCUGGGUGGAACACAUAGGGAAAGGGACCAAAGCCAGACGAGUACCCAUGUGCUCCUUUCACUGCUAUCUGCUCUGAGCAGGACCAUCUGAGCAGCUUCUGCCACUGCCUGUGGCCACGGCUUCCCGUGGUAGAGCCUUCUGUCUGCCUACAAUGAGGCAGACUACACCCUUCCUUAGAACAUAAUACAAGUGCCACCCAGGUGCACAGAGUGUGCACAGACCAAGUCACGGCAAUUAGCAUCUCCCUCCUUCUGUUUGGCAUCUAGGAUCUCCUUUCUUGUAGCGUUCAUAAGAUCUAUCACAGCAUUAUUCCCAGCAAGGCAGCGUUAGCUGACUGGAACAUUCAUCAUUUACUGUGACGCUGAGUUAAUAUGAACUCUGGAGUGUGUAUCCUAUUCCCCAGAAGCAUGGAGUGUAGAAUAAUUCCAAGGUCUGUGUUGCAGGGGAGGUGCCGGGUGGAAUUUGUAAGGCCCUGCUGCUCGGGACAGCAGGCUCAUAUUCUAGUUCGACACUUUACCUCGAACGUUUGUGCAGCUAUGAGAGGAAAAUCAGCACCUCGCACUAAAGGAGCCGAGUGGGCAUAGUGCGUCUCUGCCAGUACUGUUUAACUGAGUGCCGCUGCCACUCCAGGCAUUUAUUUUUAAAAAGAACUAGCAAUUUUCUCCAUUGGCCGUUCAUUAGGCACCCCAAGAACCUGCAAUUUUGGCUCCGUGGGCUGGACACUGAGGCUUCUGUGUGGAAAUGCUGGGGAGAAAGCCAGAGAACGCAUUUCCCAGCAGAAAAGGGCACCUAUUCACCUUGUAAAUAAAAAUCUAUUUUCUGUCAUUCUCAGCCCAAGGUGCUGUUCUCUGCUGCAAGAGUUUCUGGUGGCAGAAUAUUACUUUUUGACCUUAAAGAGUCAUAACCUGUCUCCCUAAUGGGCAAACAAUGGCAAGGAAGCCUUUUGCAUUUUAUGACUCACAUUCUCAUCUCACAUUCCAUAAUUUGAAGUUGCCUCAAUCUUCUCAGACUGGAAGAAAGAAUAAAAUGUUUAUUUGUAGUCAGUGAAUAUUAUUUAAGGCUGCUAUCCACCAGCCCCCAUUCUAAAACUCAGGAUAGGUAUAAGGAAAGGAGGUUAGUGACGGACCUGUAGACUAGGGACACGUCUGUAAUCCUAGCUGCUUGGGAAACUGAGGCAGGAUUGUCACAAGUUCAAGGUCUGUUUGAACUACAGAGAGAGCUCAAAGUCAGCCUGGAUGACUUAUUGGUACCCCCUAGCUCAAUAGGAACAAAAAGUUUGAAGGGAGCUAGAAAUGCAGUUAAUGGUGUGUGAGAGGUGGGGGGCUCAAACCCUAGCACCACGGGAGAAACAAUCUGUGCACACUCAUCUAUGCACACUCAGCUGUGCACACUCAGCUGUGCACUCUCGGCUGUGCACUCUCAGCCAUGCACACUCAUCUCUCUUAAUAUCAUCGUAAGAAUUGAUGCAAGGGGACUCUGGACGAAUAGUCUCACCGAGGAUAUAUGCCAUCUUAGAACCUGGAAGUAACCCUCGUAUAAAAUUCACUUUUACAGAAUUAAAUUUGUCUUAUUCUGAAACCCUGGGAUGCUGGUUAAUGUCAGCUCAUUUCUGCAGAGAACGAACCACUCCUGCAUAUCCAGAGAGAGGUGUGAAGAAUUUUGGAAAGAGUUUUGCCAGAGUUCAAGAUUCUGAAUGUAGAGUGGGGCAUUCACAGAGUUGCCCUUUUUCUCCCUCUGGGCCCAUGUGUGAAUGGGUGGAGGGUUGAGUUAAUGGCAUUGGUUUUGCCUAGUGGUCUAGACUGGUGAGGGAGCUCUAAGCAUACAGAAGAGCAGAGUUAUGAUAAUUGACUGGAAUUUAAAGUGUUUGACAAAGUGAAGCCCAUUAUGAGGCAGCUGAGGGACACUGAAAAAUAUUGAGUCAGUGGGCCAAGAGUCUCUGGGGCCAGACUGUCCAAAUUGGGGUUCCUGGGGUACAAAUUGACAGAAGACAGUGGCUAGAUUGUGGCUUGGAGAAACUGCAGGAAAGGGUUGGUGUAUGACCUCGGAGGAGAGUACUUUUCAAAAGCCAAUGUGAUUCUAAGUUCACCUAGGGUCAGAGCCACUGGCAGGUGGCAGAGUGACACUGAGGGAGUCAACAACUCAGGGCUUCCCAGAAUGAGAGGGAGUGGGUGGGAAAAGUCUGAUUGUGCAUGAUUCAAAACUGGGGAUUUUCUAUAAGAGGAAGGAGGGACAUGGUCUGAAUGUGCUAACAGAACAGUGAAGACUCCCACUCCACCUCCAAGCUCCACAGCCCAGGGAAUUGGGGGAAAAGCCACUGCCCAAGAGCCCUUGGUGAAGGUCUAGGGAGUGGGCAAAUGUUCUGGGGGGCGGGGGGAGGCCAAGCUUCAGUCAGGACAGGAAGCUAGGGGAAAUGUUCCAGGAAGGAAGUGAAGCGGUGGUACCUUGUGGAUGACCUUUAGUGUCCCAGAGGACACAACCCAGGAGCUGCAGGUUCUGUGGAAGAGCUAGAAAUAGGACCAGGGAAAAGAAUAAAGGACCCUGUGGUGAGUAAGGCUGGGGGGUGACAAACAGCAGGGAAGCCCAGACCUCAUUGUGCCCUACAGGUGGAAGGGAUGGGAUCUACUCCCUACACCCCCAGGGCUGUGGGUAUGAAAGUGUGGGGCAGUACUCAGGGCUCUGGGUCUCCCACUGGGCUCCUGUUUGGAAGGGCCUUAUAUAGACUCUGACUGCAGCCAUAGAGCAGCUGACUUCAGCCAAGGCUCUCUCUGUCACCCAGGGGAGAGUCAUGCGUGGUAGAGGUCAUGGAAGGCUCUCCGGCUUGACUCCGCUCUGCGUUGUCAUUUUGUCGGUCAGACAGCAUCCCUUAGACUGGGCUGGAUUUCAGUGACGGAUCUUGCCUCAUUCAGAACCUUGUCUUGCUUCUCCACUCCCCACUUGUUACUCGAGGGAGUUGAUAAAAAUCCUAAUGUACACCACUCUGAGGUGGGGAACAGGAGCUGUGGUGCCCCCUCACUCUGCCCAAGAAGCUAUCUGUGCCUAAUGCCAGAUAUGGCUUCUACCAUCCUGGCAACUAUUCAGCUCCAUUGUCUGCUUAGCCCAGGAAAGGUUCCAAAAAAGUACUAAACAUCUUGAAGGCAUGUCGACUGAUGGCUGUCUACUUGGGGGAGAAUGACUCCUGCUUUCUUCUUUGUGAGUGCUGGAUUUUAAAACUGAGAGGAUCUCCAGGACAGAUCAUCACAUCUCACUAUAGCAUCUUCAUUAUCUGUGUCACCCUUUGCUGAGUCCCAAACAGGCACUAACAACAACAGCAAAAUUGGGAAAGAUUUACAAAGGACCCAGCUUUACUCCUCGUUCCUCUGCCUGCGUCUCUCCUUCCUUUAUCACCCAGAAGUGUCGCUUCAUGGGACCCGUAGUCACCCUUCACUUGUAUGGGCUGUGUUGUACAUGAGGGGACUCUGAGAUCUGAGUCACAAUUUGCAAAACAGAAGAGGAACAGAGGCGAACAUAAAAGUCACUAGAAAAGAACACCUUGUCUAUCCUGGAAAACGACAGCUUGUGAUAAUGGUUGGGGAGACAGAGUGGAACAGAAGUGGUGUUCAUGGCGUUGGCUUACUGAACUUUUUCAUCCCAGCCAGAACUUUUCACAGACGUUUCUUUCUAGCUGCGAUGCUCCCGGAAGCUUCUAAAAGUCUGGAGACAGCAAAGUACAAUCAGGCCUGCAUCAGGCCGGAGACUCCAGAAGACAGGGCCAGGCCUUUGUCUUACUUGGUGACUCUGUGGAAGUGAUGUCACUGUUUGGGAAGCUGUGGACGACAAAGCCAGCAGAUCCAGUGAGUGUUUCUGCAGAGGGGGUUAAAUUGUCUGGGUUUUAACUUCUCUGUGUCCCUGUGCAUUUCUGUGGGACGCGGUGUGGCUGUGAGAUACGCAGAUAUGCCAGCACAUACAGAGGUGCUCCCCGAUGCUGAGGGUGACCCUGACUCUGGCUUGGGUGGAUUUCAGCUGACCAGACCAUUGUACGCCUCACUCAUGGUUGGCAGAAUCAUGAAUAAACUGGAGGACAAGCAGGACCAGAUGAUACCAUGAAGAGAAGUUUACAGGCCCUCUAUUGCCAACUGUUAAAGACUGUGUUCUGGGAAGCAGUUCCCAGUGGAGUCAUGGACCUCAUCAGUCUGGCUGUUGAACCCGUGAUCUCCGGACAUUUCUGGAAGCCACCAGGCUUUCUCCUAACCUUGGCACUGACCAAAGCACUGGUACUCGCCGUCCAGGGACCAUCUCCCAGGGAAUCUCUGCAGACCCUCCCCUCAGGCAGCCCCCCAGGCACCAUGGUGACAGCAACUCACAGCCCUACCAGACUCUCCUCUGUGAUGACCCUGAGCCCUAAACCUGAUGGCCGCUCAUCACAGGCUGCAGCUACUAUGGAAACGACAGUAUCUCAUCCAGAAGGGCACCCUCCCACAGACACUGUGUCCACAGUGAUGGUGACAGCUGCCGUCCCCCAUCCUGAAAGCCCUCUGCCCACAGGUUCCCCUCCAGCUGCCAUGGCAACCACAUCGUCCCACUCAGAGAGCCGCCCCCCAGGGGAUGAUGCCCCUGCCGCCACCACCCUGCCAACAAAGCCAGCAGGAACCACCACCCGCCCCACAGUGUCCCCACGGGUCCCAACUCGUAGGCCCCCCAGGCCCCCAGGCUCUUCCAGGAAGGGGACUGGUGGCUCGUCUCGCACUUUCCCACUUGUACCCGGUGGCCACUCAGCAAGGAAGGAAAGCCAGAGGGGACGAAAUCAGAGCUCAACACAUCUGGGGCCGAAGCGUCCUCUGGGGAAGAUAUUCCAAAUCUACAAAGGUAACUUUACGGGGUCUGUGGAGCCAGACCCCUCUGCUCUCACUCCCAGGACCCCACUCGGGGGCUACUUCUCUUCGACACAGCCUCAGACAGUAUCUCCAGCUACAGGACCCAGAAGCACCUCGUGGGUGCCCCCCACAACUUCCCUGGUACCUGCAACGGACAAGCCAGACCUUACCAGAGCCAACCAGGGGAGUGGCCCCACAUUUACCAGCCCAGGAGGGGAGCCAGAUGCCACAGCAGCUUCAGGUGCCCCUGACAGUACACAGCCCGCCCCAGUGCCUUCUCGGAGCCCUCAUGGUGACGUGCAAGACAGCUCCAGCCACAGUGACUCUUGGCUUGCUGUCACCCCUGACACUGACAGACCCACGUCUGCCAGCUCCAGGGUCUUCACGGCUGCCACGGGGCCCACCCAGGCUGCCUUCGAUGCCAGUGUCUCAGCCCCUCCCCCGGGCAUCCCUCAGGGACCAUCUGCAACCCCUCCGGCCCCAGCCUGGCCCUCUGGGGUCUCAGAAAGUAUUGUUUCUCCAGCAAAGGAAGAGGCUGAGGCCUCCCCCACAACCACCGACAGGGGGCCCAGACCGCUUUCCACAGUGCCGUCUACAGCCACGGGCAACUUCCUCAACCGCCUGGUCCCCGCGGGGACCUGGAAGCCGGGAACUGUGGCCAACAUCUCCCAUGUGGCUGAAGGGGACAAGCCCCAGCACAGAGCCACCAUCUGCCUGAGCAAGAUGGAUAUUGCCUGGGUCAUCUUGGCCAUCAGUGUGCCCAUCUCUUCCUGCUCCGUCCUGUUGACAGUGUGCUGUAUGAGAAGGAAGAAGAAGACAGCCAACCCUGAGAACAACCUGAGCUACUGGAACAACGCCAUCACCAUGGACUACUUCAACAGACAUGCCGUGGAGCUCCCGAGGGAGAUCCAGUCCCUAGAGACCUCAGAGGACCAGCUCUCAGAGCCCCGCUCCCCAGCCAAUGGCGACUACCGAGACACUGGGAUGGUCCUCGUGAACCCCUUCUGCCAGGAAACACUGUUCGUGGGAAACGACCAAGUUUCUGAGAUCUAGAUGCAGCAGCCUCCGCUUUGCCACUCCCUAUUUUUGUCCCUAAAUUAUAAAUAUACAAAUAUAUAUAUUAUAAAUAUAACCUUUGUGUAACCCCGACUUAAUAAGAGACAUUUUCAGCUUUUUUUCUUAAGAAUUGUCAACAUCUUUUUUACAAGUGUGGUUUAAAAAAAAAAUUUACAGAACGACCCCAUGGCUUUAUAAAAUAAAGGUAUUUCUAAGCAAAGCGGCUGCACCAAUUGCUUCUCUUAACUGAUCUGGGCAUGGAGAGGUUCCAGGAGCCCUGGGCAGGUGAGGAAAGAGACCAGUCUCCCUCGGAAGCUGAACGUUAGUGUGGCCAAAUGAGUGGCCAUCUGUGUGGUCUUGGUGCUCUGGUUCCCUUGACUCAGUGUGCCCACCUGCCCUGUCUUUUUGUAUUUUUUCCCCUAGUGGUGGGAACUGGGGCACCAGGGCAGAAGACUCAGGCAAGUAUACAAAACUGUCUUGUCAGCCUGGAGCCUCACUCUACCGUCACUGAAUGUCAGUGAAAGCCAUCAGGAGGCCCCGGCCCCCUUUUCUGACCCCACAGAUGUUCCCACCAUGCUAGAAGAAACAGGACUGCUGCCUUUGUCUGGCAGAAAAGUGGUCCCUAGAAACCCUUCUCAGCAUCCCUUCCAGCACCACACCUGCCUCGGACCCCAUGCUUCCUCCCUUCCUAGAGGACAGACGCACAUCUCAGCCUAGGGGCUGUGCAGCUCCUACUUGCCCUUCCCUGUCCAGGGGUCCGGUGUUUGUUGGGAUUCUCUACUGCUUUCUCCAAAGGCAAUGAUCUUGUGCCCCUGAGAAACAGGUUUAUCUAGAAAGCCUUGUGGUGUAGAACUAUUUUUUUUAACCUCCCCCCAUUAAAUCUUUAAAGAAAGAGAUUGCCAAAUGAAUCACUUGAAAGAAGUGCCACUCUGUCUCCAGGCAGAAGCACGGCAGACCUGCCCACAAACUCGCCAUGCCAUCCUCUUUCACUGUCCCCUGCCUCCCCUUCUCUUGUUCCCCUGGGUCCAGGUCCAGCUGCCAUCCCAGCCCACACUGUACCCAGUUUGACCAACAAGGAACAGACUCUCAGAACCCCAAGAGGGGCUUUCUGGGUCCAAUCGCUUUUCUCUGUUACUUUCCUAACCCACCAUGGCUAGGGAUUUAACUUCAACCCCUCUCCCCUUCUCUAAAAGAAAAAUAGUUUGAUAGUAUAUUUUGAAUAUAGAUGUUCUUAUUAUCAGAUUGGAGCUUGAAUUUGACUGUUGAUUCGAUGUCUGUGUUGUUGCUGUGGUCUUCUUUAUCAUAACUGCCUCUUUUCUUCCAUCCCCCCGUUCCAAAAGAACGACGGCCUUCAAAACUCAUGUGUGUUCUCAAUGUUCUAUGGACCUACCUAACACGAGUCUGCUUGUCUCUCUUCAAAGACUUCAACCCACAAAGAAGCAGGUUAAAUGUUGUGCCGAGAUCUUGCUCUCUACCAUGUUGCUGUCUGACCUUAACCUUAUCAUGAUAUUUCUGUUAGCUACUGCAUUGAAUAUGCCAAUGUGUGUGAGUAUGUAUUGAGAAAAACAUGUUUGUAAAGUAAAAUUUAUAUAUAAUAUAUGUCAUCACAGAUACAUAUGUUAUAUAUAUACAUUUGUGGAUGUAUGACUUAUUUUCCGUAUCCACAGAAUUCAGCUACCAUGUAUAUAUAAAUAAACUUAUUUUAUUACCCAGAGGA